UCUACGACGAUGUGAUUUGCUAAAUUUCGGAAUGGAAGGCUAAAGAAUCUUUUUCCUCUUCGAAGGAAAUUACAGAUGGUGCGAAGGUUUUUCAUACUUCUUGUCGUUUUUUUCGGCGUGAGUUAUCGAUGAUGUUUUCCAGUCCGCACGGAAUUCAAACCACGAGGUUCCUGUCGGCUUGUUUACAGACUGCUUUGCUGUUGAUGUCCGUAUUCCAUACAGGAAUUUCAAGCGUAAAAGCUGACGUUCGCUGCUAUUGCAAUCUCCCAGUGUGUGUGACGUCUGGUUACAUGUGCAAGUCCCCGCUCGGAGUCUGCAUAUCCGACCACUUCGGCUUCAGUGACGACCUCUGGCAGUCGCGCCACGCCUGCAUCGAGCUCAUCUCCGACGCGAGCCAACAGGUGGAGCCACUAAAAUGUCCUAACACUCUGCAAGGGGUGGAGAUUCAGACUUACCCCACUCGUCUCUGCUGCCGGGAAGAUAUGUGCAACUAUUUCAGAAAUAAUUUAGAUCCCCAAGAUCCAGUUUAUCGGCUAAACCAUAGUUAUAUGACAGGUUACCUUUCCAACGAGGACUACUUCUACAGGCAUAGUGGCAACAACAACAAUAAUUCAUCAAAGCAGCAGCAAGUAUGGUUCAAAGCUGCUGUCAUCGCUGUUCCUAUAGCAGGUGGUUGUAUACUGAUCAUGUUGAUCAUAAUGGCUGCUCGCAUGCUGAAGGCAGACCACAAAAGGUACAAAGAAUGGACAGAACUCCGGCGAAGAAAUCGAAUGAACACUCACGUGGUAUACACGGGAGAGAAACACAUCAGCCACAGUUUGCUGAUGCUUCCAAAGUCAAUCAGCAGCGCCGUCCUGGGCAACCACAGUGCUGACACCCACUUGAACAGAAGCUACACGUCUAUGGGCAGCAUUGGCCAGCCUAGCAGUUUGUACAAAAACGUGUCCAUAGCGUUGUCCAAUGACACCGACUGCACGGAUGGGUCGAAAGAUAAAUACUUUGUGUUCGAUUUGUGAUGCUAAUGAUCUCAAGCUAGUUUUUUGUUUGUUUGAUUUAAUUUUACAGUGGGACCUCUGAAGGCUGAACUGAUUGGGGCUGAGCCGGAUUCCGGAAAAUUCGGUUUUUAGUUCUAUAUUAUUAAAGUUUAAUUCUGGUUAUUAGUUCAAUAGUGAUUCAAAACUCUUUGUUUUUAGUAAAUAAUAAGGCGAUUUUACCCCUGAUGGAGUAUGAGUGCAAAACACGACAUCAUCAACGUCAUACUGCCGUAGGCAGGUAAAUGGCAGUAA